AUGGGAAUGGAAGACUAUAAAUAUCGCUCCCAAUUCCUCAGAAAUCCAUCAGAAGUCUUUCUUCUGCUCUCAUUCCGAAUGAAUAUUCUGACUCUCUUCAUCUUCUGCCUCCUGGCCAUCACGUCUCCAGUCAUCGCUCGUGGACGUCGUUGCCAUUCGAGCACUCAAUGCGACUAUGAAUCCGUCUGCUACGAGGGAUACUGUUAUACCAUCGACGAGAUGUUCGACAAAUACACGAAAGCUCUGGAAAGUCUCAAAUCAGCUGUCACAUCACAAGUACGAAACGGAGGAACCGGCGGAGGUUCCCGUCAAGCAGUCAAACGAUCCGGAUUCGAAGCGAAACGAAAGAGUCGUCCGAAUGCUCGUGGAGAGAAACCGUGGCUCAAAAAGAAGGCGGAGUCAGAGCAUUAA